AUGAAACAGGUCUUUUUUUCAAAUGUUUACCAGAUAAAACUGACAUUUAAGGGAGACACUUGUCAUGGUGGUAAACAAAGCAAAGAUCGUGUUACUGUCAUGGUUUGCGCUAAUAUGUCUGGUAAAGAAAAACUAGAGUUGCUGGUAAUAGGCAAAUCUAAGAAUCCACGAUGUCUCAAGGGAGUCAAGUCUUUACCAGUGCUUUACGAGAGCAAUAAAAAUGCUUGGAUAACUACUUCAGUAUACGAAGACUGUCUUCAUAAGAUUGAUCACAAGUUUCAAAGAGAAAAUCGGAAAGUUCUCCUACUUGUGGAUAAUUGUCCGGCUCAUCCGAAAGUCUUAAUUCAAACUUUGAAAGCCAUAAAGGUGAUUCACUUACCACAAAAUUUAACUGCCAAAUUGCAACCAAUGGAUCAAGGAAUCAUUAAGAACCUUAAAGUGAAUUACCGGCGGAGAAUUAUAAAAAGAUUGCUCAAGGCUUCGGAUGAGAAAAUGGGGUUGACUAAUUUGAAUUUAUUGGAUGCUAUUUUCGACUUGAACAAAGCUUGGACUGAUGUCACAAGUGAUACAAUUGCGAAUUGCUUUCGGAAGGCUGGCUUCGUAAAAACUGACGUGGAAAAUCUUGCAACACAAGAACAAGUCGAAACUUUAUCGGAUGGUACUUCUGAAGAGUGGAAUGAUCUACAAAGAAUGUUGGGCUUCACAGAUGUAACUUUUGAAGAUUUCAUUGAUGUAGACACUAAUGUGAUUAUUGCUAGUGAACCUAUAGAUACUGAGAUAUUGGAUAGUAUACAGGCACAAGAACCUUCAAAAUCUGAUGACGAGAAUGAUGCCGAGGAUCAGGAUGUGGCACCCCCAACAAAAUUAAGAGAUGCUGAAGUUCGUUUAGCAUUGCUCGCAGGUUUCUUUCUGAACAAAGUGAUGUGCCGAACACAAUCUUUGCUGCUUUAG